UCCGCAAUGGCCUCUCUGAAGAACUUUCAGCCACUGACUUCAGUCUCCAAGUCUGUGAGCGCGAUGCCAACCCAGUCCGGCGUAUCUAGAAGAGGCGUCGCAACAAUUGCGAACUUCAAGAUCCCCUCGAUAAACAACGAGCCCAACAAACACUACACAAAAGGGUCCGUCGACCGACAGAAGCUCCAAGAUGCGGUGGCUGCAUUGAAGCAGCGGGCACCGAUCGACGUCCCACUAGCAGUAGGGGGCCAGCAUAUUACGAGCUCGUCCAUCCUCACGCAGCACAAUCCUUCCUCACACGCCGACGUGGUCGCCAAAUACUCCAACGCAAGCACCGAAGACGUGAACAAAGCCAUAGAAGCGUCACUCGAAGCUAAGCUGUCAUGGGAGACGCUACCGUUUGCCGAUCGCGCAUCCGUUUUCCUCAAGGCGGCCGACCUGAUCUCGUCGAAGUACCGAUACGACAUUAUGGCAGCAACGAUGGUGGGACAGGGCAAGAAUGCCUGGCAAGCGGAAAUCGAUGCGGCGGCAGAACUAUGCGACUUCUUGAGGUUCAACGUGAAAUACGCCGAGGAUACAUACGGGCAUCAGCCUGUGCACAACUCACCUGGGGUCUGGAACCGUGUGGAGUAUCGACCACUCGAAGGAUUCGUAUACGCCAUUUCGCCGUUCAACUUCACAGCCAUCGGAGGAAACCUUCCCGCAGCGCCGGCCCUCAUGGGCAACGUGGUGGUUUGGAAGCCAUCACCUUCGGCCAUCGCUUCUAACUGGCUAGUCUACCAGAUCCUCAUUGAAGCUGGCCUUCCACCGAACGUAAUCCAGUUUAUCCCCGGUGACGCAGAGGAAGUAACCAAGGCAGUACUGUCCCACCGGCAAUUUGCUGCAUUGCAUUACACAGGCAGCACCGCAGUGUUCCGAUCACUUUAUGGAAAAAUUGCAACGGGCGUUGCAGAGGGGAAAUACCAAAGCUACCCUCGCAUUGUUGGCGAGACUGGAGGCAAGAACUUCCACCUGAUCCAUCCUGGUGCCGACAUCUCCAAUGCGGUAGUGCAGACAGUACGCGGCGCUUUUGAGUAUCAAGGUCAGAAGUGCAGCGCAUGUUCCCGAUUAUACGUACCCAAGUCCGUUUGGCCCCAGUUCAAGGAACAAUUAAUUGCAGAGACCGCAGCGCUCAAGAUCGGCGAGCCUUCAGACUUCUCCAACUUCAUUGGUCCAGUCAUCCACGAAGCGAGCUUCAAGAAGCUCUCCGGUGCCAUCGACGAGGCCAAGAAUGACAACGAGCUGGAACUUCUGGUUGGUGGAAAGUACGACGGCAGCAAGGGCUACUACGUCCACCCAACCAUCUACCAGACGACGAACCCGGACCAUCCGCUCAUGUCCCGCGAACUCUUCGGGCCUAUCCUUGUCACAUACGUCUACGACGAUGCUGUUCCAGACGCCUUCGCUAAGAUUUGCAAGCAAAUCGAUGAGACAUCGGAGUAUGCCCUCACUGGUGCCGUCUUCGCUACGGAUCGAGAGGAUAUCCGAUUUGCUGAGGAUGCUCUUCGGAACUCCGCCGGUAACUUCUACAUCAACUGCAAGUGCACUGGGGCUGUUGUCGCGCAGCAACCCUUCGGCGGUUCCAGGGCAAGCGGUACGAACGACAAGGCGGGAAGUGCGAAUCUCCUAGCCAGGUUCGUGAACAUGCGGGCGAUCAAGGAGGAGUUCGUUGCUACUGAUAAAGUGGCAUACCCGAGCAAUGAGAUUUGAGAGAUCACGAAUUUCAGCAAGACGAGAUUGUACAGAACUUGAGAGCAACGGGGCGUUUUGGGGUACUGGGAAAAAAGCAUGUGCUUCUGUGGACACGAGCGAGACACUUGCAUAACGCUCUUCACUCUGAUCAAAGCAGCGCCA